CAACCUGCAGAGCUGUUUUCCUGUGCAGGAUCUACAUCGGAGCGUCUGGGCUUCGCCUGGGUAUCAGGCCAUACUGACACCCAGCGAAAUGAUAUAUGUUAUAAUGGGAGUGUCUGGCUGCGGAAAGACAACACUAGGGGCCUUCCUGUCACACAAGCUCGGGUGGCCGCUGCACGAGGGAGAUGACUUUCACCCGCGGGAAAACGUUGAGAAAAUGGCUCGCGGGGAGCCUCUGACAGACCAGGACAGACUGCCUUGGCUGCUGAAAUUGCAUGAUGUCAUUCAAAGGGAGAGGUCUUCAGGGGGCGAUGCCAUCGUGGUGUGUUCAGCUCUGAGGCGACUCUACAGGCAGGUUCUGCUGUUUGGCUCCGAGGCCCUGACCUCCAGCUCGGACCCAGCAGGCCUGCACAUGUGCUGCCUGCCCGGCGUCUGGUUCCUCUUCCUGUAUGGGACAUAUGAUCUGAUCCAUGCGAGGAUGGUGGCCCGGAGGGGACAUUUUAUGCAGCCUGGUCUCCUGCGCUCUCAGUUUGAUGUUCUGGAGCCACCGACGGAGGAGGAGAACGCGUUGCUGCUUGACAUUCGGAGGAGCACUGAUGACAUCUGCAGGGAGAUCCAGGAGCAUCUCCGCCAACUUUCAUAAUCAGAGAUUAUGUCUGGACUGUGAAAUCAAUGAUAACACACUGGACUGCACUGUGUGUGCUACAAAACAAUUACAUAUCAGACUUUUUUAUUAUUUAAUUUUGCAAAGCACAAUAAAUCUGUUUCUAAUUAUAUGA